AUGAAGAUGAAGAUGAAGCUCCAGCUUCUUCUCUGUGGUUCCAACUCGUCCUCCAUCCGGACCCUGGAGGACCUGACCCUGGACCCAGGCUACGUGCCCGGGGACCAGUCCCUCUCCUCCGGGUCGGGUCAGUCCCCUUCGCCCCCCAGCCCUCCUCAGCGGGGGGUCUGGGGGUCUCACGCCGGGUCUCCGUGCAGCUGGGACACGGGCAGCCCGCUGCCGGAGGACACGGAGGACUUCCGGUCCCGGUGUCCCCUCCUGCCGGAGCUGGAGGACCCCCCCUGGAGCGAGGCGGACCUGCGGGAGGUGGUGAGCCGGGUCCCGGGCGCGUCGCUCAGUGGGGGGGUCCUCAGUGGGGGGGCCCUGCGCCGCCUGUCCGUGCUGCUGGCGCGCGCCCUGAUGCGCGUGACCCGCGAGGCGCAGCGGCUGAGCGUGCUGCACCGGACGUGCACGCGCCUGGAGGUGCUCAGCUCCUUCCGGUUGGUGCUGAGGGGGGGGCUGGCGGAGCGCUGCGGGGGGGCCGCGCUCAGGGCCGUGUCCACGCACUGCAUGGGCUCCGGGGGGGGCCCGGGGGGGGGUCGCUGCGGCCUGGUCCUGUCCCCGGGACGCUUCUUCCGGUGGAUGGUUGACACGCGCGUGUCCGUGCGCGUGCACGAGCACGCGGCCGUGUGCCUGGGGGCGUGCGUGGAGACUCUGGCGGAGGAGGUGACCCGGAGGGCUCUGCAGGAGGGGGGGCCCCCCGGGGGGCCCGGGGGGGGCCCGGUGACCGUGGAGCUGCUGGACGCGCUCGUGCACAACGACCCGGAGCUGUGGGGCCUCCUGCACGUGUACGAGCAUCUGAUGUGCGGGAGGAACGCGCACGGUGAGCUGUCUCUGCCGGCCCAUGUGAGUCCGUACACGAAGGCUCCCGAGGACUCGGUGGAGAGCAGGGAGGACGCUUACAUCCAGCUGGAGCUGCGGACGCUGGAGCAGGCGCUGCUCGCCACGAGCGUGGGCAGCAUCUCCGAGCUCAGUGACCUGGUGUCUCGAGCGAUGCAUCACAUGCAGCGUCUGCGCAGCUGCAGCUCCGUCACCAGCCCCCCCCGCCCGGCCAAUCAGCCGCCAGUGUCCUGGGCCGGCGACGCCCUCCGGACGCUCUUCUACUUCCUGUCCAGCCCUCAGAUGGAAUCACUGGAGAGUCCGAGCAGGACGCUGACCAGAGAGAGGCCCUUCCUGCUCCGCCCCCCCCUCAUGGAGUGGAUCCGAGCGGCCGUGGUUCACGCCGAGCACCGCCGCAGCCGAUUGGUCGACAGCGAUGAUGUCAGACAGACGGCCCGGCAGCUGCUCCCAGGUCUGGACUGUGAGCCCAGACAGCUGAGGUCAGAGUGCUGCGUCCAGUCGUUCAAGGGUCUGGACGCUGAAGCUGCUUCUCUGAAGUUCCAGCUGGACCUGGGCUUCCGGAUGCUGUCGUGUGGUCGAGCGGAUCUCGUCCAUCAGGCCGCUCGGCUGCUGGGGGCGGAGAGCGUCAACACCAGGGACGACCAGGGAAUGACUCCUCUGAUGUACGCCUCCGCAGCAGGAGAUGAGGCGCUGGUGCAGAUGCUCAUCGAGGGCGGAGCCAAUCUGGAUCUGCAGGUCCCAGGCUGCUCUGUCAGACAUCCAUCUGUUCACCCCGGCAGCCGCCACUGGGUGGCGCUGACGUUCGCCGUGCUGCACAGUCACUUGUCUGUGGCUCAGCUGCUGCUGGAGGCCGGAGCAGACGUGGAGGGGGGGGUCCAGCUGGACGACCAGGAGAGUUCCUCGGAGACGCCGCUGCAGCUCGCUGCUGCUGCAGGUCACUACGAGCUGGUGAGUCUGCUUCUCGCCACCGGAGCCGACCCGCUGCUCAGAGUGCAUCAUGGGAACUCCCUGACAUCACCGCUGUAUGAAGACAUGAACUGUUUCAGUUACGCUGCCGCUCACGGACACAGGAACGUUCUCAGGAGGCUGCUGCUGCAGCCGCAGCCCAGGAAGGAGGAUGUUCUCUCUCUGGAGGAGAUCCUGGCUGAAGGAGUGGAGGAGGAGGAGGAAGAGGAGGAGGAGGUGAAGACUCCUCUUCCUCCUCCUGACUCCUCCAGUCGUGCUCCCAGGCUGUGUAAAGCCAGGAUGAAGGCUCUGCAGCAGGCGGCGUACUACAGCGCCGAGCACGGAUACCUGGACGUGACCCUGGAGCUCCGAGAGAUGGGUGUCCCCUGGAGACUCCACAUCUGGCUGGAGUCUCUCCUCAGAGCUGUGCAGCUGUGCAGGGACGAAGUGACCGUCUCGCUGCUCGCUGAGUUCCCGUCCAUCAGGACAGACGACUACACCCCCGAGCUGCUGUCCACAGGGAUCCCACUGAUGUUCAGCAUGUUGGAGACCAGCAAGGAUUAUGUGAUCACCAAGCGUCUGGCGUCCGUCUUCUCUCACUGCUACGGCGGCUGUCCCGUCCCGUCUGUCCCGCCCGUGGACGUCACUCUGUCCACGCAGCUCGACGUUCAUUUCCUCAACAACCAGGAGAUGUCUGACGUGACCUUCGUGGUGGACGGACGUCCCUUCUUCGCUCACCGCGUGCUGCUGAUGUCGGCCUCUGAACGUUUUCGACGUCUGCUCAGCGACUCCCCCGACGACAUCAUCCACAUCAGUCACGUGACCUACAGCACGUUCCAGAUGAUGAUGAAGGCUUUGUACUGUGGAGGAACAGAGGGAAUGAAUCUCUCUCAGUCUGAAGCCGUGAAGCUACUUCCUGUUGCCACAUUCUUCGAGCUCUCAGUUCUGCAGAGAAGCUGCGAGACGACGCUGUCACGAACUCUGACGCUGGACAACGUGGUCGACGUCUACCAGAGCGCCAAGCACCACGGAGCCACUGAACUCUGCAGGUUCUGUGAAGGAUUCUUCCUGCAGCACAUGGACCUGCUCCUGGACAGAGAGGACUUCCACCGCCUGCUGCUAGGGGGCGCCGGUCAGCAGCUGCUCUGCCCGGGGACCAUCGAUCAGGACGGGGACGCGUCGCUCCUGAACGACCUGAAGGUGGCGCUGAUCCACAGACUUUACACCCUUCACCGAGUGUGUGGAGAGGGGCGAUGUGGAGUCUACUGCCAGGGGGCCGGACUCAAAGGGGGGGGGUGUGGGGGUGUGGGGGGGAAGCGGGGGGUCUUCUCUCUUCAGGGUCGGACUCUCCUGGCGGCGGCCGGUCUUGCCGAGGUUAAUAGCUAUUAUGGAUGA